UCUGUUUUUUUCUUUUUGGGGUUUUUUAAAAGAUGAGCUGCGUCAUUUUACAGGUUAAAUGCUACAUGAAGCAGUUGUUAUCUGGAAUCGAGCAUUGUCAUUCUCGGGGUGUAAUGCACCGGGACAUCAAAGGUGCAAAUCUUCUGGUAAAUAAUGAUGGAAUUUUGAAGGUUGCAGAUUUUGGAUUGGCGAACUUCUGUAACCCUGGACGGAAGCAACCAUUAACCAGCCGAGUUGUCACUUUAUGGUAUCGUCCUCCAGAGCUUUUGUUGGGCUCCACGGAGUAUGGAGCUUCUGUGGAUCUUUGGAGUGUCGGAUGUGUGUUUGGUGAACUUCUUACUGGUAAACCUAUUCUUCAGGGGAGAACUGAGGUUGAACAGCUGCAUAAAAUUUUUAAGCUCUGUGGAUCUCCACCAGAUGAUUACUGGAAGAAAUCUAAACUUCCUCACGCAACUCUAUUUAAGCCACAGCAUCCUUAUGAGAGCUGUCUUUGGGACACCUUUAAAGAUCUAACCAAAAGUGCAGUCUCACUCAUAGAGACUCUUCUUUCCGUGGAGCCACACAAACGUGGAACUGCCUCUUCUGCCCUUGUAUCUGAGUACUUCAAGACAAAGCCUCAUGCUUGUGAUCCUUCAAGCCUGCCAAAGUAUCCACCAAGCAAAGAGAUUGACGCCAAACAUUGCGAAGAAGCAAAAAGGAAGAAGCCUAGUGGAAGAGCCCGUGGACCCGAGACAACCAGAAAGUCAACUAGAAAACAUAAUGCAACCAAUAAACUGGCACCUGAAGAGAACUUACCAGUCCAAAAUCAAGGUGUUAAUAAAACUAAUGGCAGUAGUCUGGGUGCUCAGAGAGAAGCAGAUGUUAUUAUAGGUCUCGUGCGACCUAAGCCGUCAGUUGAUUCAAUGGGCGAGGCGUCCCACAUCAAGAAUGCAUCUCAAGGAGAUGUCCCCUUUUCAGGUCCUCUUCAAGUGUCUGGAUCAAGUGGUUUUGCAUGGGCGAAAAGACGCUUUGAUGAUUCGUCAAUGAGAUCGAGGAGUAAAUCAAGUUCAAGAAGCCUAAAGUUUGAACCUUCAGGUGCACUUCAUAUUAAAAAUAACCUGGAGCUUAAAAGACAAGACAGUGAAGCUACAAAUGGAAGUCGGACCAAUUCCAAGGGCCGUGACACCUAUGAAUUCACCAAACAUGCAAUGCAACAACACUGGAGCCAAUUAGAGCAAACAGACUCGUUUGAUGCUUCUGAUGGCUACCACUCACAAGAACUGUCACUGGCUCUCUAUCUGAAAGAGGAAACAGCUUUCAAAAAGAUCAAUGUGAUUCGGGAUCAAGGGGACAAAGUUGAAUUCUCAGGACCCUUGCUAUCUCAGUCACACAGAGUUGACGAACUCCUGGAGAGACAUGAGCGCCAGAUCCGCCAAGCUGUUCGACGAUCAUGGUUCCAAAGAGUGAGGAAAAAUGGAAACUGAUUGCGUGGUGCUACCGUUUCACACGGUAUACAGAAAAGAAAUCAAGUACAGGUAUUUUGACAGUGAGGAUUCAUAACAAACAACAAGAUCAUAUACUCUGAAGUAGCCGAAUCCAGGGAGCUGUUGAUCUGAUCUCGAUCCCCAGCAGCGUGCAGGUGACUAACAAAGCUAAAAACCAACUCUAUUCAAGAGCUGGAGGUGCUUCAACAUAAUAAGUAAGGGCUGUUCAUUCUUGAUUCUUUCAAUUAGUUAAGGCCCGGAAAAUAAUUUCCCCGAGUAUUGUCUCUUCACUGUCAUCCUUGGCCUCUUUUCUCGGCAAUGUAUAGGUCUUAGCUGUCAAAACUCACUCAUGUUUACCCUUCAUCACAGAGUAGUGAGUGUAUUUUGUACCUUGCUGAUACAUAUACUUGUUCCAAGGCGCCAUUGUCAAGAGGCCUGGCAUGUCAUGUUUAGAGAA